UUUUAGAUAUUUUUAUCAUAACGCGGGUUAUAUUUACACAUCAAAUUUAUGUCUAUUUUGAAAAAAGAAUUUAUAUUUGCGAAAUAAGCCCCUUUAUAAACGGCUUACCCACAAUUCCUUUUCCUCUUCCCUAUCUGAACCGCCGCCAUGAAGGUCGAGCUGUGCAGUUUUAGCGGGUAUAAAAUCUAUCCCGGCCACGGCCGGCGUUACGCGAGGAUCGACGGAAAGGUUUUCCAGUUCCUGAAUGCUAAGUGUGAGUCAGCGUUUCUGUCCAAGAGGAACCCCAGACAGAUCAACUGGACCGUCCUGUACCGCCGCAAGCACAAGAAGGGCCAGCAUGAAGAGGUGAGUAAGAAGCGCAGCCGUCGUGCGGUCAAGUUCCAGCGGGCCAUCACCGGCGCUUCACUGGCUGAGAUUCUGGCCAAGAGGAACCAGAAGCCAGAAGUGCGUAAGGCGCAGCGAGAGCAGGCCAUCCGGGCUGCCAAGGAGGCCAAGAAGGCGAAGCAGGCAACUAAGAAGCAACCCGCUCAGAGCGCCAAGGCCCCUGCUAAAGCCGCAGCCAAACAGAAAAUCGCCAAGCCCAUGAAGGUCAGCGCUCCUCGUGUUGGUGGCAAGCGCUAAGUUCAUGUUUUGGUGUUUUGUGUAUUAAUAAAGGUUUCACGAUCAAC